ACGCCAGGCAGGAAGAGGGCAGCCGAAGGCCGGGCCAGGUGGCUGGAGCGGGUGCCGGCUGCGCUGCGCUGCUCUCGGUUCCGACGGCCUCUCUCAUGCGCUGAGGGCGCCCGGCUUGGCCGGGCCGGCGGCCGGAGGGGAGGCGCCUCUCCAUGGUCCAGAAGACCAGCAUGUCCCGGAGCCCUUACCCACCUUCCCAGGAGAUCCCCAUGGAGGUCUUCGACCCCAGCCCGCAGGGCAAAUACAGCAAGAGGAAAGGGCGGUUCAAAAGGUCGGAUGGGAGCACGUCCUCGGAUACGACAUCCAACAGUUUUGUCCGCCAGGGCUCAGCGGAGUCCUAUACCAGCCGCCCGUCGGACUCUGACGUGUCCCUGGAGGAGGACCGGGAAGCCUUAAGGAAGGAGGCAGAGCGCCAGGCAUUAGCCCAGCUUGAGAAAGCCAAGACCAAACCAGUGGCAUUUGCUGUGCGGACAAAUGUCGGCUACAACCCGUCUCCAGGAGAUGAGGUUCCGGUGCAGGGAGUGGCCAUCACCUUCGAGCCCAAGGACUUCCUGCACAUCAAAGAGAAAUACAAUAACGACUGGUGGAUUGGGCGACUGGUGAAGGAGGGCUGUGAGGUUGGUUUCAUCCCCAGCCCCGUCAAACUGGACAGCCUGCGCCUUCUGCAGGAACAGAAGCUGCGCCAGAACCGCCUCAGCUCCAGCAAAUCAGGUGACAACUCCAGCUCCAGCCUGGGAGACGUGGUGACUGGCACCCGCCGCCCCACACCCCCUGCCAGUGUAGGGGGCACCCUGGUCUUGAGUCCUCCAAACACCUCCAGCGGUACCCCCUCCGUGAAGAGUAGGGUCCCCCCCAAGCUGGGCCCGUCCGCGCCCAUUCUCUCAUCUCUCCUUCCCGUUUCUUUGGUAGCUCCAUCUCUCUGCCUGACUCCCCCACCCCACCCCCAUUCAUUUCUCCUAGCUCUGUUCCAUUCACCUCUUCUUCUUUCUUUUCUCCCCAUCCCAUCCUUGCCUUCUGUACUGUGUCUCCAUGUCCAUCCCACUCCUCCCCACCUCGCCUCCCUCCUCUCUCCUGACCGCGGUCCAGGUAAUGAAAUGACUAACUUAGCCUUUGAACUAGACCCCCUAGAGCUAGAGGACGAGGAGGCAGAGCUCGGGGAGCAGAGCGGCUCUGCCAAGACUAGUGUUAGCAGUGUCACCACCCCGCCACCCCAUGGCAAACGCAUCCCCUUCUUCAAGAAGACAGAGCAUGUGCCCCCCUAUGACGUGGUACCUUCCAUGAGGCCCAUCAUCCUGGUGGGACCGUCGCUCAAGGGCUAUGAGGUUACAGACAUGAUGCAGAAAGCUUUAUUUGACUUCCUGAAGCAUCGAUUUGAUGGCAGGAUCUCCAUCACUCGUGUGACGGCGGACAUUUCCCUGGCUAAGCGCUCAGUCCUCAACAACCCCAGCAAACACAUCAUCAUUGAGCGCUCCAACACACGCUCCAGCCUGGCUGAGGUUCAGAGCGAGAUCGAGCGAAUCUUUGAGCUGGCCCGGACCCUUCAGUUGGUUGCUCUGGAUGCUGACACCAUCAACCACCCAGCCCAGCUCUCCAAGACCUCACUGGCCCCCAUCAUUGUUUACAUCAAGAUUACUUCUCCAAAGGUACUUCAGAGGCUCAUCAAGUCCCGAGGGAAGUCUCAGUCCAAACACCUCAAUGUCCAAAUAGCGGCCUCAGAGAAGCUGGCACAGUGUCCCCCCGAAAUGUUUGACAUCAUCCUGGACGAGAACCAAUUGGAGGAUGCCUGCGAGCACUUGGCCGAAUACUUGGAAGCCUAUUGGAAGGCCACGCACCCGCCCAGCAGCACUCCGCCCAAUCCGCUGCUGAACCGCACCAUGGCGACUGCAGCUCUGGCCGCCAGCCCUGCCCCUGUCUCCAACCUCCAGGGACCCUACCUUGCUUCCGGGGACCAGUCGCUGGAACGUGCCACCGGGGAGCACGCCAGCGUGCACGAGUACCCGGGGGAGCUGGGCCAGCCCCCAGGCCUUUAUCCCAGCAGCCACCCACCAGGUCGGGCGGGCACCCUGCGGGCACUGUCUCGUCAAGACACGUUUGAUGCCGACACCUCUGGCAACCGAAACUCUGCCUACACGGAGCUGGGAGACUCAUGUGUGGACAUGGAAACUGACCCCUCCGAGGGCCCAGGGCUUGGAGACCCUGCAGGGGGCAGCACCUCACCAGCCCGGCAGGGAUCCUGGGAGGAUGAGGAAGAAGACUACGAAGAGGAGCUGACCGACAACCGGAACCGCGGCCGGAAUAAGGCCCGCUACUGCGCAGAGGGUGGGGGUCCGGUUUUGGGGCGCAACAAGAAUGAGCUGGAAGGCUGGGGGCGAGGUGUCUACAUCCGCUGAGAAGCAGGGGCCACACAGUGGGGGGCAGGGCUCCGAGCCCCGGAGAGGGGAGGGACAGAGGGGCUCACCACGGGGAUGUAUCUUUCCUCCAGGGGGCGCUGUCUCCCUCCUUUCAGAUGCCUUUGCUCGAUUUGGGGGGUUUCUUUGUUGGUAGAUCCCACCUCCUGGGGGAUCUAAGGUGAUUAAGCCACACCUGUAGGUUUUUCACUUACUUGCUGUGGACGGAUAGGGGAAUGCCCACCUUUCAGUGUCCCUUUUUCCCCACAUCAGGGGGCUUUAUCCCCUCACUUCCAGAGAAAAGGUGCACUUCCUUAACUCUUUCUUCUUGGGGCUCUAAACAAGGGUCCUAAAUGGGGUAGCCCUUUCUUUCCCCAACCUGGAGUACUUGGGAAGGGUGGGGGGCUUUUCCUGGAGAGGGAGACCACAGACUCUCUCCCAUGAGGGCUCUCUCCCCCAAGCCCCAGAUCCAGGGUCCUUUACCAUGCCCACCCCUCCCCCAGCUUCCUGGCAGCAUUGUCUGGUGGGUGAAAGCUGUGGGAUGGAAGCCCCACGGAGAGUUUGUCCUGGGGAGGGGUCUGGGUAGAAAGCGGCAGGCAUCAGAUGUAGUGCCCUCUGCCUGCCCAGGAACUAGACCCCUGAGGUGUGGGCAGCCAGAGACACUGCCCCCCACCCCACCGCUUCCAUGCCUCAGCCUUCACCUAUCCCGGGAAUGAGCUUUGCCUACAACAUCCUUUGCCUACUGCCAUCAGAAGAGGGGGCCCCUCCGCGUCUGAGCCCCUCACCCUGUUUCACCUGGGUGUGGCACCCAUGAACACUCUAGUCCGCCUCAUUUUGAAACCAAAAAACUGCUCCCUCACUCUCACCCGGAGGCCCCAGGGGAGAGGCCCUGUGGGUUGGUGCCCGAGAGGUGAUCGCCACCCCAGUGGUUGCCUCGGGACCUCGGAUCUCCCCUGCGGGGCUUGGCUGCUGCUGUCGCCGCUGCUUUGGAUUUGCCUCUUGUGACCCUGUCCUUCACCCGUGUCCACUCCCUCUAGGAGAGGCCUGGGUACCCCCUCUGCCCCAGAGUGUCCCUUUGCCUAGCAUCCCUCCAGCCCAGCAGCCCUGCCCCUCUCCAGCACCCAGCUGGGCCAGAGAGAGCCGAUUGUGCCAACGAGGACUGGGUCCUGCCCGGCUGCCCGCCUCAGGGAUGGGCACCUCAUGCCUGUCUCGCCACCUCCUGUGCCAAUGUUGCCCCACCCCCCACCUGGGUUGGGGAGCAGCUUCCACUUACUGGUUAGAAGACACCACUGCCCAACCUUCCUCCCUCCCUGUCUGGUGUCCUGUGCCCCCAUCUGUCUGUCUGUCUGUCUGUACUCCCCUAGAAGUAUUUUGCCACAUAUAAAACCGCCGUCGUGUCCUUUG